GCCAUGGUGACGCCGUGAGGCGAUUUUCCCGGUAUACGGCGGCGGAGGCCUUGGAAUCGGGGCUGUUGUGCGAUGGCUUCCCUGCGGAAAGGGUCGUUGCGACUGGUGCAGGUGACCGCCAACAACCUGCAGGGCCAGGUUGAUGCCUUACUAAAGAACAUUAAACGUCCUGAACAGAGAGAGGAAGCUUAUCAGAGUUGUCUUCAAUUAAAGCAAUCUGUUGAUGAAACUUUGGACACUCUGCACAAGUUAAAGAAGGCAAAUGAACUGACUCAUGUAAAUAAUUAUGAUCAGCGGAAGCGAGCUGAGGAGAGGCGACUGGCAGGCAUGUCAGAAUUGCUUCGAGAGCUUGCUCGGAGACUGGAAAAAGAGCGUCUUAAGCAGAAAAUGGAGGAAGCUGCAAAGAACACAAAGGGCAGGGCCACUGCAGCAAAGCAGAGAAAUAAGAGUGAUGAAGAGGAUGAAGAUGCAGAAGAAGAUGACAAGGAUGAAAGUGAUAAUGAUGAAGACGUGGAAUCUGAUAAUAAUCAAGAUGCCAUUGAUCUAUUUGUUACCAUCAGUGACUUUCAAGCUCAGGAAGAACAUGAUCUGUCUUUUAAGAAAGGCGAUCUUAUAACAAUCCUUAAUCAGAAUCCUGAUGGAUGGUGGCUUGGAGUAAAUGGUCAAGGAAAGGAAGGCCUAGUUCCUAAAACUUAUUUACAGGUAUAUAGCAAACAGAGUCAGGGAACACUGGAUAAUAUUGAAGAUGAUGAGGAAAGUGAAGAUGAAGACGAAGAGGAUGAAGAGGAUGAAGACGAUGAAGAUGAUGAUGAGGAGGAAGACGAAGUUAAAAGACAAUACAUGAAAAGAAAAGUACAUGAAGUGCAGAGUGAAGAAUCACAAUCACACAUGUUAGCUGCCAAAAAGGUUGUUUCAGAGAUUACUGCUGUUGAUAUGUUAGCGGAAAAGGGAGCCAUUCCAGAAGGUUUCAGAGCAUCUACUCUUUCACAGCUGCUAACAGAAGGAAACAAAUUCCACAUGAGUUACUUUCUGCAGCCUACAUUGACACAAUCCAAAUUGUACUUUAAAGACCUUCAUUGGGACCAAUCACAUGGUGGUGUCCGCCCAAAGAAGACGCACAUAGAACUAUUGUUUACGCUGUGGAGCUGUAAAAUGAUUCCUUUGCCAGUGUCAGGUGUCCAGGUGCUAAGCAGACAUGUUCGCUGCUGUCUCUUCGAUGGUUUAAAGGUUGUCAGUAAUAUACAUACCAUCAGAGCAACUUGGCAACCAAAGAAUCCCAAAACAUGGACCUUUUCUCCAAGAGUUACAGGUAUACUUCCCAGCCUGUUGGAUGGUGAAUGUUUUGUGAGGUCAAAUUUACAGUCUCCUGAUAUUGGUAUUCUCUUUGAAGUGGGCAUUUCCUAUAUUUAUAGCUCAACUGGUCAUCGAGGGGAAUUAAGCUGUGGCUGGGUUUUUUUGCCACUCUUUACGGCUGAAGGCACUGCUAUUCCCCACAGGACCUAUGAAAUUGUAUUAAAUGGUGGAACACCUUAUGAAAAAGGCUUGGAAGUGGAUCCAAUACUCUCUAGAAGAGCUAACUUUUUUGAACAGAUUAUUGCAUCCAGGAAGCAACCUAAACUCCUAGUGAAGCUGAAGACACCAUCUGGUCAAAUGAGACAUAGCCUGAACUUGCUUCCAGAAACACUGGUUGGUCCCAAAUGCUACAUCCACUUAUUGGCCUUUUAUCGACAGUUACUUGCAGAAGCACUUCUUAAAGACAGAAUUAAUAUGCAAAGUGCCGAUCUCAUCUGUAACCCAGUGUUGGCAACGUUUUCAGAACUUGUGGAGCAAACUGAUAUUGUAGAUGCUUUAAGGAGUGCGUGGUCUGAGAAGGAAUUAACUGUGAAACGAUCAGAGAAGAGAGAUGAAGAAUUUAUGAGACGUUUAUUUGUCCAAGUGUACCAUGACAGUGUAUACCCUCUUCUUCGUUCUUCAACUCUCCCAGCAAACAAAUGGGCUGACGAGGAAGUUGAAGUUAGCCGGUGGAAGGACAUUGCUAACUUUUUACAGCAAACCCAAGAGAAAAAUGGCUCACUCUACAGUCUACUUUCUCCAGAGCAUACCUAUCAUGUUUUUGAUAUUUCAGAAGUAAGCUAUGAUUUCUUGGGAGUGACUCAAAAAUCUACUUCAUUGACAUAGCCAUGAGGCCAACUAUAAAUGAGAAUAGUAUUAUUUAAAGGUGGUCAUAAAAGCAUUCAAUAAUUGUUUGGAGAAAGGGACUGAAAAUAACCAAAGAUUGCUCAGUUAGUUUAGUCUUGUAAGCUUACUGAUAGUGCCUUGAUGCAUGAUUGUACGUUGUCAAAGGUUUGUAGAGCUUUUCCCCCUCUCAGAUCUGUCCUGGUAUUUCAGCAGGUACUGUAUGUUGGUCAUUUUUCCUGUAUCCUUUUGUACUCUUUCAAAUCCUGAUUAAUUUCAUUUUAAUUUGAAGUUUCUGCUGCAAUAGCCAUUAGUGGAACAUUUCAUAUAAGAAACGGGCAGGAGUAGACAAUUUGCUCUUAAAACCUAUUUUGCUGUUCAUCAAAAUCAUACCUGAUCUACUUCAAUACCAUUUUCUGCACUGUUCCCAUUUUCAUUGAUUCCUGUAAUACCUGGAAUUCUAUUGAUCUAUGUUUUGAAUGAUCUCUCUGACCUUCCACUGCCACUCUAUGUUCAUUGUUAGCAGAAUAUUUGGACAUAAACCUUCCCAAAACUUUUCACUGUGGUAGGCCUUGGCCAUUGAGGUGAGGGAUAUCAGCAAUGAUGAAAGCAAGUAGGGUGGAUGCAGUGAUACAGCCCUGAUUGACUACUGUUUUGACAGUGAAGGGUUCUGAUUAAGCACCACAGUUGCUGAGAGUUGUGGCUGACAUGUCAUCCUGCUGUAGCCUCAGUAUUUGUAAGUACUUGUCAGGUCAGCCAUGUCUGGUUAGUAUACACCAGAGCACUUGGCAGUCUAUGGCUUUGUCAUAUAUAUGAAAGCCAAAUACAACGGUUGCCUUUGUGCUCAGCAUUUUUCCUCUAAUUGGUGUGCUAUGAAGGUCAUACCUGUGUACCCCUAGAUGGGGAGAAACUACAUUGUGAUUCAGAAACCAAAUAGCGGAAGGAGUUGGUUGACAAGGAUACAUGCAAACAUUUUGCCUGUUAUUGAAGGGAGGAGCUGCCUCUGUAAAUGCCGCGAUUGGAUAUGGUCACUGUUAGAGCAUCCCUGAGCUCUGAGGACAGUUGUUCAUUUUCCCAGAUGGUGAUCCACCUUUCAUAAGGAUCUCUGCUGGGAUCCCAUCAGGACCAGUGGCUUUGUGGCCUUUCAGGCUCCUAAUGGAAUCAUGGACGUAAUUCAUACAGGGAGGUCCCCCCCUUGUCUUUUCUCACAGGUCUCUAGAGGAUUUGGUUAGUAACCCCCGGUUAGCAGUAAGAAGGUCUUGAAGCUUUUUCCAUUGAUUAUUGAUAUCCUUCUGAUCCUUUAGCAAUUCUUCCCAUCUUCUGAGCACAGGGGGUUUAAUCCGAAGUAAUUUAGGCCAUAGACUGCUUUGGUGGUACUGGUUACCAGAGUCUGCCAGUUGCUGGAUUUCCAGGCCUUUCUCAGUCCACCAAGAAAUCUAUAGCUCCCUCGCCCUGAGCUGGACAUUUGCCUUGGCUCUGGAGUAAGCUUUUCUUUUGGCCUUGCUGCCGAUGUCAUUCUGACGGGCACAAUUGGCUUUUCUUGGAGCUAAGUUGUUUUGUUUCCAUGUUGUUAUGAUCAAACCAAUCCUGAUACUUUCUGGACCCAAUAAUGUUUUUGCAGCUAUCAAGGAUGGUGGAUUUAAGCUCACCCUGAUAUUCUUUGAUAUCCUCUGGAUAUUCUUGUUGGAGAAUUUCACCAAACAAGGCCUGAAGGUGCCGUUGGGUGGCUGUAUCAAGCAGGGUCUUGUGUUUUAGCCUUGGCUUGCUCUGUUUCUUGAGAACCUCCUCUUUUUCAUGAGUCUGAUGCAUAUGGUGGAGCAGAUGAGGCAAUGAUCCAUCCAGCAGCCAUCUGUGCCAAUCAUGGUCCAUAUAUUCACAUCAUGGCAAUGCCACUGUUUAGAUCGGGGUGAAGUGUGCAGUGAAGUUCUAUCUUAAUAGAUGUCGGCAAAACAGCAGUUUUUUUUUGCUUAUUUAUCUACACUGCCAUUGGAUUGCUAGUGUAAAAUUGGAGCCAGUCAACUGCUGUACAUGGACAUAGAUUUGUAGCUACGCACAAUAAUACAGAUAUGUCGUGUGACUGAGAAGUACCUUAUGGAGAAAUCUUAUUACAAAAAUCAGAUAAUGCUCCUUGGUUUACAGAGGCCUUUCUUAUAGAACCCUUGUGUUUAUAUUUACAUAAUUUUGCUGCCAUAUUUUACAUUGACUGGGUGUGCAAAAAAUUAUGGUAGUUAUUUUUUCAAUCACUUCAUCUUAAAAGUGUAUAUUUGUACAGAUGACUUUUUAAAUCAUAUUAUGAAGGUACUUUCUAUACUUAGAUCAGUGAGGGCUGGUCUUUUAAGGAUUGUUAUAAAAUUAUUAUAAUUAAAGUUAACUUAUUUGGCAGAAAAUGUGAUUUGUAUCUUUGAAACAAAGGAACUGUGUAAUGACUUGAGUUAAUAUAGUGUAUUGUGACAUAGUACUGCACAGCUAGGAAGAACAUUUUUUAGCUUGGAAAUCCAAAGUGGAAAGUGGACUAAUAUUUGUCUAUGAAUCUACAAGUUGUAUUUUAUCAGUGCAAUUAACUAAUCCUUUUCCAGUUUAUCACUCCAGUCUCUCAGCAAAAUAAUACAGUCUGAUGUCUAAUCUUUUCAUCAUUUUGUUCAAACUAUUUUUUGUGGAGCAUUAUGUCUAGUAUUCCAAUUUCUGUACCUUAUUAAUAUCUGUGAUUUAAUUUUUGAGCUCGAUGAAAAAGGAGCAGAGUUUUGGAAAUACCAUUGGAAUGAGUAGGCAUCCCUAAAGAAAUUUAGAUUCAAUGUGUGAAAUUAACUAUGAGUGACCCAGUGAAAUCUUCUGUAGUGUGCCUUAUUUGUUUAAUUGUCUUGGGAUAAUGAUACACAAAGGAAAUUUAAUUUCAGCAAAGCUGUUACAUGUUCCACAAUGCAAUUUCUGCUGGACACAUUCUAUCUGAAGCCAGCUUUUCUUGUCCUCGCUUUUCUCAUAACCAUGAUGAUUAAAAUAAGAUAGCAGACUUAAGCCCAAGAUAUGUAAGACACUCAAGCUGCGCAUUGGGUAUAUGAGCAAGAUAAUGGGAUAUUUUUGUUCCAUUUUUUUAAAGGAGUUCCAAUUAUAUACUGGAUACUUUCUUUUGCUUUACUUUAUCCAGAAAUUGAAGAUUUUAAACCUAUGCAAGUCAGUUUUAACAAAGUAAGCAUGGAAGUCUGUCUGGAUGCACCAAUCCUUUGUAACUUAAACUGUGGCAUUCUGAAGAAAAUGCCUACUUAGAGGCAUUUAACCAGGAGUGUGGGGCAUGUGUACAGGAAGUGGCAUAUACAAUACAUAAGCUUUGUUCAUUCAUGCAUAGAAUAGUCAGCAUUUAUUGACAUCCCUAACUGUAUUGAGUAGAUAUCAAGUUGCAGGUGAAAGCAAAUAGAUGUGCUGCCCUUGGAGCUUGACUGAUAUUUUUGCUGUAGGAUUUGGAGUCAUUUACCAGGCAUCAAGUAAGACAAGGAGAUAAAGGAUGGGCAUCUAGGGCAACAUGUGAAAGAGAUGAAAAUAAAAUAUAAAGUGAAGUCUUCCACCCUGCAACGUUCAGCUGAAUAAGAGAAAUUCAUCUCCUUGGUUGAAGGGAGCAAGUAGUACAGGCAAAGAGAUUUACUGACAGUACAAACUCCCUCACAGGGGAUUGCUGAUGUUUUGUACCCACCUCAUAAAGCUCUCCGCAAACACCAUGGAUCAAUACCAGAGCAUCAAGAAGCUUUGAUCAUUCUGUGCUCAUCAUGUGCGAACAAGUCACCGACUGGAAGAACUUGGUCAACACAGGAAUUCAGAAUUUGCAUAUAAUCUCUUCAAAUUUGCUGCAGCUGAACCCAGGGUCUUACAGCUGCCAUGUUGGAGCAAACUUUGUCCUUGUUUUAUCUGACCCCUAGCACUGGUCAGAUAAAGAAGGAUAGAGUACCA